CAAGUUGUCCCAGAAAUGAUACGGUUAGCUCGACCAGGUGGAUGGGUCGAAAUCUUAGAAGGGGAUGCAUGUCUUACAUCUAAUGGGUCCGUUACAAAUAGAGUUGCAAGGGCUCUCAAUAAUUUCAUGACAUCAAAAGGAAUAAACCCUAAAAUUGGAAAAGAAUUUCCAAGAAUUUUUGAAAAAACAAACGCGUUUUCAGAAAUUAAAUAUGAGGAAAAAUCUAUCACUUUAGGUAAUAAAGGUGGUAAAACUGGGAAAGAGACUCUACACUGUUAUGUUAGUGGCCUCAAUUCUUCUAGAGGAAUUUUAGCAGCCUCGAUGAAUGUAACGCCCGAACAUUAUGAUGCUCUUUUAGAAACAAUAUUAAUUGA